CAUUCGCGGCUUGCAAUGGCAACGAAAUUGACUGAUGUGUUUAAAUCUUUACGAGUCAUUCCAGUUCCGUUCGGUGAGUAUUGCCGCAGUGGCGGCGCGAAUGACGAAUUACCCUCCAUUAUGACUGAUUAUCGUUUGCCGUCUGCACAUCGUACCGUGCGAAUCGUGCUGAAAUCCGACCAGUGCUUGUUCAUCGACCGCGAUACAAUAUCCAGGAAUUCUAGGAUAUGCGCCGCGGAAAUUGAACGUCAAGAGAAGGAGGGCGCUGAGGUCGUCAUUCGCCUGGAAAAUGUUUUUCUGCACCACAUGGAACGUGUAUUGUUUGCCAUCUCUCCAACAGUUUAUGGACAAUAUCCGAUUCCUCCAACGAUCUUUGAUGUAUGUGCAAUUUGUCCAGUAGCACAAGCCUUGGAAAUGGAUAUGCUUGUCAGUUUAUGCCAACAGGUAACUUCCUAUUUUCUGCUUUUCCGUUUUUCUCCCGCUCGCUUCUCUUUAUUCCCUUUGUGGCGUCUCGCAAAUAUUCUUUUUAAAUAUGAAUUAGCAGCACAGAUGUUCAGUCAUUUUCAAGCUUAAAA